AUGGUAUGGGCUGGAAUUUGCGCCCGCACGAUCGUUGGGCCGUAUUUUUUUGAAAACGAAAAAGUAAAUGGUACGACGUACUUAGACAUGCUGCAAAAUAUUAAAAUUGAACUUGCAGAAAGUCCAGUGUUUGCCGGUCAUCAAAUGACAUUGCAACAGGAUGGCGCACCUGCCCAUUUCUCAGUCCAAGUACGAACGUUUCUCAAUGAAAACUUUCCGGGAUGGAUCGGACGCGCCGCGGAAUAG